CUAAAGCACAGGUCCCUCAAAUAACCACUCCUUUAACGAAUUUCCAGACCAAAGAAGACGAUGAGUAAAAAAUAUAUAUAAAACUUCAGUGUAUUUCUUGGUAGGUUCUUGAGGUGAGCUAAUACUCGUCGCUUUAGGGAUACCAGGCCACAAAAAACGACCAUAAAAGCAGACCGAGGAACGCCAGCCACGCCAAAGGUUCACCCUGUGCCGUGGGGCGGGGGGAAGGGCUGCGCUGAGGUGCCUUGAGCCUCGGGGAGCAAGGUUGGGCGCGGCAGUAAGUGCUCCCUCCCCAACAUCUUGCCCCCGCUGCCCAGGGCGAAACAGUGACGUCACAAAACCGGGCAGGGAAGGCGGGGGCAGGUAUAUAACCAGGCGACGCGAGGUGGGAAAGGCCAGUCGGUGCGCGAAGAGAAAACUCAAGCAAAUUAGGGUCAGGUGCGAGAAGCCGAUAUGGAGACCUGAACGCAAGGAGAUUCUGUGACACAAGACGCGUGGUAAUGAGACGUAAACCUCGUGUGGGCGUGUGUGUGUGUGUGUGUGUGUGUGCGGCGGGCGUGGUGCUGACAGAUGUGGGAGCGAGGCGUGCUGGUGUGUGUGGUGCUGACGGCGGCGGUGGUGGCGGGGCAGGGGGAUCGCCACGCCGCACCCCGCCCCGCGCCGCGCCACCACGACCCGUUAGCUCUGUGCUCCGGCGGGUUCAGCGUCCGAAAGGCAGACCCAUCCACCACCACCGCCAACUCAACGCCAACCAAGGUGAAUUUCGAGGAGGUGCUGACUAAUCUAGGCGGAUGGUCAGUCAGCGAGAGUGACUUCCAGGCCCCGUGCGCCGGCGCCUACUUCUUCACCUUCCACGCCUUGUCCAGGAACCAGGGCGACUUCACGCUGGCGCUCAUGAAGGAGGACAACUACCAGGUCACGGCGUACGGCAGCUCCUUCGACUACCAGCAAGGCUCCAACUCGGCGCUGCUCUUCCUCAACGCGGGCGAAAGAGUGUAUCUGGAGCUGCAGGACGGGAGCCUCUACGAGCACCCCUACGAGGAGGCCUACACAACCUUCUCUGGCUUCCUCGUUGAACAGUUUUAGGGAUAGGAGUUAAAACGCCUCAAGGAAACGCAGGUAAUUCCAUUCAUGCCUACACCAUGUACCUUCUCAGGAUUCCUUGUUGAGCAAAUUUAGUGACAAGGACCGAAUGCAAUAAGUGCCCUCAAAAAUACUGUUCCUGUGAAGAGAACAGGAGCUGCCCAAAGAGAUCAUCAGAUCAAGUUUCUGAGGUGUCUUAUUCACACUAUGAAAUAGUUUAAGUCUUAGGAAAUAGAUGAUUCGAUCCAUGGUUCAUUUAUGAAAACAUGUGCCAGUUUUUAUUUUAUAUAUGAAUCUAUAACCUUACGGGAAGGUCUACACAACCGUCUCCGGCUUCCUGAUUGAGCAGUUUUGGUGGAUGGAGGUGAGUCGCUUCAAGAAAAUGUACACCAUUCUAUUUGUUGUUUAUUUAUGACUAUGCGUGUCUCUUUUGUUUGUGUUGUUGUUGUUCAAAGAUUGCUCUCUCUUUAGAGAGGGCGAUCAAGGGCCUUUGCCAAUGGCGGCCCGUAGCAAGGUGUCAACAGACCGACUCUAUCGGCUGACGUCAGCCGAGCCGAAAAAGUCGGUCUGUCGACGAGGACUGACAUGUUUUUGUUGUCUGUGUUAUUUAUGCCUGUAUAUGUGUACUUAAUUCUCCAUUCAUUCACGUGUUCACAUUCUCAUACAUUUUUUUACCAUCGAACAGCAUCAUUAAAAAAAUGCUUACAUAAUCCUCAGCAAACACACACACACACACACACACGCUAAUUAACACUCAAGUCCCCACACAAGCUCGUUCCACCAGGAUCCAGAACACUACGCGCACACGCAAAACUCACCCAUGUAAACCUCGACCGUCUCUUAUGCAAUAAAUAUUUGAAACGUGA